AUGGAGUUCAGCACGAAGCGACGCACCUCCUUUUCUUUUCUGUUCGGGUCACAGAAACCAACUUUGAUAACCCAGCAAAACCAACUUACGCUGAACCAGCUUUCCCAUAACCAACCCACCGGUUACUCGGAAUUUGUCGAUAGCCCUGGCACCUAUCAGCCUUCCUCGCCGUUAAUCGACCGACCGAACAUCCCUACCGACCUAGAAGCGCAGAUUAGAAAUGCCUGUUCAUUACUCGUACACAGAAUCGAGAAAGGCCAACCGUCGGGGCCUAGCAAGCGCUCUCGCGCGGUCACAACCAAUACGACGAUGCACGAACCGUCCACAGCACCUCAGAUUGACUCCAUGUAUGUGUCUCCCAAAGUGGGAGCCGAUGUGGCAGCCCUGAAGGACAAGUACGAUUCCGGGGUCGCUUUGACCCAGCAGUCCAGUAUGCAAGCUAUGAGGGUUCUCCGUUCUCAGACCAGUCAACACCUCAAGUGCGAUAGUCUCGAAUCGGGACAAGCGACAUCUUCCCACUCAGCACUUGCUAGCGAUGGGACGCACUCCUCGAGUGCCCCGCCUAGCCGAGCAGGCUAUGGUAGCCAGGCAAUGGGCCCAGGAAAGGAGAGUAGGGAUAGGAGUCAGAGUGUCAAGGCCUUCCUCGACGGCUCUGAGUCCGGACCUCAUCCGAAUGAGGAGGGCAACCAUGUGGACGCGGUUAGCGAAGAUGACGUUGAAGUCUUUCUGGACCCCGAUACUACACUCAUGUCCACCGGGGUUCCUAGCUUCCAUUCACCCCAUUCAGUCCCCAGCAAUAUUACUCCAGGUCUCGGAAAGCCUGUGGAACCUUCAUCGGACAGCUACGGUGAAGUCGCUGAUUUGGAAGCCCCAACCAUCCAUCCUCCAGAGUACACCGAUCCGCUGGACCUGGGCUCUUCCACUGUCGAAGCAAGCAAACAACACCCCGGGAUCAUCAUCGACAGCAGCGGCCUAGCGCACGUCCUCACCGCUGCAGAAGAAAGCGAACGCGAUAUGAACAUCCAGCAGGCGGUGAUGGCUAAGAUGAGAACGGGCACCAUUGCUAAUGCCAGCACGCCACACCUCCCAGUAUACACUGAGUCAACGGACAACGUUUCCAAUCUUCGCCCCGGGUCUAACGCCUCGAGACUGAAAACCUCCUGGUCAACAAUGAGCAAGGCAACGAGCCGGAAGCUCAGAUCUCGAGGAACUGAGGACGUGCCCACCAAUGAGAAAACAGUCUUCCGCAGACUAAAGAACCUGUUCUCGAAGCGCAAACCCGUGAACGUUGUCCCGCCGGUAGGCACCUCUUGAUGAUAUAGAUAGGACAGAUACUUCUUAGGCCCUGGAUGGCUUUAUUUACACAUAAUUGUUACGGCUUUCGGUGACAAUACGACAUUAUCCCUUAAAACUUACUAUCUUGUUUCAAGACUUAGAGAGAGAUCCGGUGUUGCUGUGUAGCAUCGCUCAUCCUCACAUUCCUGACAUAUA